AAUUUUAUUUCAUCUGAUUGGUUCUCAUAUCUGUCCUAUGAAAAGUCCAUCAGUAAGAGUGUCCAUGUAGGAGGAGAUUUAACUGUCAGAUGUAAAUACCCACAAUCCCUCAGGAGUGACCCCAAGUUUCUCUGUGGGGGGAGGACACAAGAUUUUGCUUGUUUUUAUAAGGACUCUGUUAAAGAGAAUAAAAAAUAUUUAAUUGUUGAGAAAACGGCCCUGUAUGAUGACAGAGAAAAACAAAACUUCAAUGUGAGUAUUAGAUCUGUAACUAAGCAGGACUCUGAAUACUGGUGUGGAGCUGAAAAAGCCUGGACAUCUGAUCAUGGAUACAAGGUUUAUUUCACACGGAUCAACCUGACAGUCACUGAUAAAAACAAAUCCUGGACUACUCCAGCCUCUCCUCCAGCAGGAUUUCCAGCGUCCACUGUUAUCACUGUGUGUGUAAUUCUGCUGCUUCUGGUUGGAACCAUAACCGUCUUUGUGGCUCUACAAAAGAGACAAAAGUUGCAAGCAGAUUCAGCCUCUACUACUUCUGGCCAAGACCCAGGAAACCAAGUGGUUCCUCGUGAUAUCUGUGAAUAUGAAGAAAUAAAAGACAGCAGACGACUUUCUACCUCAGAUGUUGGAAAUUCCACAAUUUACUCUACAGCUGAACUACCCACAAUCCCCUCUGAUCAUCACACGGUUUAUGCAAAUUCAAAGUUACCCACAAGCCCCUACGAUUCGGCUGCAGAAUCUGAUGAAGGUCUGAAUUACACAUCAGUGAGUUUUCAUGCCAAAUCCACCAGCUCUAAUGAUGCAGCUGCAAAGAUUAUCUUUAAGAAGACAGAGGUCUUGUGUGACUACGAUUCACUUAGUCAUGUUACUUCAUCUGUCUAGUUUCUUAUCAUUAUUACACCAAGUAUGUGUUGGUGGAAUAUAACUGUGUCUAUUACUUUGUUCUUCCCUUAUUUUUUUUUUUAAUUAAGUUGCUCUUGGUCAUUUCCCUUAACCAGUGAGUAUGAAAGCUUACGACUUGACUGUGGCCAUCUGUUAAAAUUUUAUUAAAAUGGCUGUUAUUAGAGAAAUGUGUUAGAGAAAUGUGGUUGAACUGUUAAGAGAGGCUAUCACAGUUUACUUCUGCUGUAGGCUACUGUCUAGUGAUUUUUUUGAGAAUUCCCAUCAUAAACAGUUGAGAGACAGUUAAAGCAUGGAAUUAGUACCAUGUUACUGAAAGGUGACAGUGACUCUCUCCGACCCAGCACAC